AUGGCAGAAAGACUAGUCCCUGUCAUCUCGCUCAAAGACUUUUCCAGUCGCAAAGACGAGAUCAGGCAGCUUUUAGUAGAUGCCGCAGAAAGCGCCGGAUUCUUCACUCUGAUUGAUCACGGUAUCUCUGUUGCCGAGAUUGAAGAGCAGUUUGCGAUUUCAAAGUCCUUCUUUGAUCUACCAGCCGAGACCAAGGCCAAGACUGCGCACGAUAUAAAGACAAACAAUGGCUGGGAAUACAAGGCCCAGCUGAGACCAAGCACUGGUACUUAUGAUCAGAAAGAAUCAUUGUGGCUGAUGCGCAACUCGCAAUGGCCCAGCGAGGAUGAUGUUCCGGGGUUCAAGGAUACUACUGAAAGGUUCAUGUCGAAAUGUGCCGCGAUAUCCAACCAAGUCUUAUCUUGCUUUUCCGUUGCACUCGGCUUCGAUGAGGACUUUUUGGUCGAAGCCAAUAAUCCAACAAACCCAGACUGCAUGACGCAGCUACGCCUCAUACACUAUCCUCCAGCAGAGAACGCGGCAGGUACCUGGAGAGCCGGUACCCACACGGAUAUCGGAUGCCUCACACUGCUCUUUCAACGAGACGGCGAGGACGGUCUCGAGAUUUGCCCGGGAAGGGAAUCGUUCACUAGCUUUGGAAUGGGCGACACCUUCACACCGCUGCCUGCUGUGACAGGGCCCAUUGUGGUGAAUAUUGGCGAUAUGCUGAUGGCUUGGUCGGAUGACCGAUUAAAGUCCAAUUUCCAUCGCGUGAGAGCCAAGGACGUUGGUCAAUCGCCCUCUCGCUAUUCCAUCGCCUACUUUAAUCAGUCCCGAAAGGACUACAUUAUGCAAGGGCCUUUGAAGAAAUAUCCUGCUGUGAGUGUCGGGGAAUGGUUUGCCGAGUCAGUGGCACGAAACUUCAAUCGUCAAGCUACAAUGGCAGCGUGA